AUGUCCAUCUGCCUCAUCGGGGGUAGCCAGACUGCUAGUGAUCGGUUUCCAGAAGCCAUGUCGGAUGAAUUGUUCCCUAACUGGCAGCAGUCAUGGGCAAGAAGACCAUCUCCGUUUGUUUCACAAAUUGCAAAAGAACAAGGGUUUCGCACGCUGUCCAUGUCGUAUAUUAGUAUGCAGGACCUAAACACUUUUAACCGGUGGCAAAGCCCUUCAAAUAGAUUGCACUUGGAAGUUGGUAUGGAACGUUGCGCUAUCGGUAAACUGAUUGGUUCCCCUGAAAAUAUCAAGCCCCAUAGCAUACCACAAUCACGGGACAAAGCCCAGAAAAAAGAAGGGAUAUGCAAGAAAUUCGACAUAAUCUCGAACAAAUCAUAUGAGAAUGUACAUUCCCCCAGUCUAACUCAUGAGAGUGGCACCGUUAAGAGCAAGAGAAUAUACCACAUGCACCUGGAAUACGAAAACAAUCUCUCACUUAAACCCAGGAGAGAAAAGUAAAAUGAAAAUAAAGUAGCACAAAAUAAGAAGAGCCAUGCUCAUGCGCAGUGAUACACUCUAUUAUUGCCCAUAAAACCCG